GAUUAUUAUAUUAUUCUGUAAUUUCACUGUUGCGUUAAAUUUUGUCUACUGAUUUUCUCGUCAUAUUAACCUAGUUUUUUAUUUUCUACACCAAUUAUGAUCUAGGUAGAAAUAUUUUGCAGACCUUGUGACAUCCAAAUGGAAAGACAUGGACAUGACGAUAAAUGCGGGUCGUUGAGAGUACUAAAUGCUAUUCGAAAGAGGGAUGUGUAUAUAUGCCCCAGUGCUUUCAUAUUUUUUAUAUAUUUGUCUAUAUUAUUUUAAUUUUUCACCUAUUAUCAAUAUGAGUAAUAGUGUAAUACACAUGUUUACAUAAUAAGAGUUCGAGCAAAAAAAUCAAAUCAUAUAUAUUAUUCUGUUUUUUCUUAAGGUAUAGACUAGAUUAAAGUAGUUCGUAGAUGUGACUGAGAUUUUUGGGGUUUGUAAAGCCAAAUAGUUGGAAGCGAUUGCGUACAUAGAACAUACUGAUUACAUGAAAGCAGAACUAGGAUCGAUCUAUUAUCAUUUCUAAUUUGUUAAUACGCACAUAAUUAUUCUUGUACGAAAUGAUAAGUUUAGAUAAUUGUGUAGUCAUAUCACUGCAAUAACUAAUGUAAUGAAUGCUGCUGCUGACCCAUUAUAUUUAUUCUCUCCUUUGUUCCUCUUUAAUUCUCUUAGGUCUUAAUACAGAGAAGAAGAGGAAGAAGAGUAAUCAAGAUUUGAGAGAGAGAUAUUCAAGUUUUUUUUUUCAUUUUUAAAGAUGGUACUAUUUUCUUCGCGGUGUGCAAUGAAACGAGAUGUUGUUAUCAGUGUGAUGAUCUUUAUAAUCUUAGUUUUAAUAAUUUUGUCGCGUUCGAGUUCUAUCCAGGCUGGAAGAUUCAUCACUACGAAAAGAAGGCAUAAUUUGAGCGUUGCUCGAGUACAAGAUUACAAGAAUCAUCACGCGUUUGUGAUCACGGAGAUGUCAACGUUUAAUAAAUUCAGAGGAAGAGCAUCUAAAGUUAGGAGAAAGAUAGACGGUAACGAAGACGAAGAAGAGAAGCGAAUCAUCCCGGCAGGUCCAAACCCCUUGCACAACAGGUAGUAGGUUAAUGAGAGAUGCAAAACAUACUUCGACUGCAUAAUUAGUUCAUUAUAUAUAUAUAUAUAUAUAUAUACAAAUAUUAGUUUUGAUUUUGAGAUUAAUAAUUGUUCUGAAGAUAACACAUUUUCUGCUAAAGUUUCAUUCAUCUCGUUAGAUCGAUAUUGUAUUGAGAAGCUUUUUAGAUUGGGCUGGAAAAUCUAAUAUAUGUGACUGUGAGGUAGCGUAUUGGUGUUUAAAACCUCAAAUGUCUAUUAUUUGUAACGAAUGUAAAUAGACUUGCCCAACCGAUAAGUAAAAAGUCUUUAAGA